AUGGAAUUGAAGUCCUACGAAGCUCGCCCCGGGAAGCCGCGCCGCGCCUACGACACCCGCCGUCAACCACGUCAACUAGCCCAUCACGCGGAAGCUCAUCAAACCUGCUGGUAUCAGAUGAGUUUGACGCAGAGAAGUCUAGCAACCAAGGGUGACCCUAAGGCAAUAAAGUCAAACCGCAUGGGCGGUUCCGAUUCGGAGCGCCAGACACUGUUGAACAAGAUCAAAGAAAAGCUCAAGGAAUACGACGAGCUCAUGUUCCACAUACAGCGAGUUCAGGCAAUCAGAAGGCCAACGGAAACCCAUCAGAACGCAUUGUACGGACAGAUUACCCACAACAUUGCUUGGGCAGAGCACAAGUGGAUAUGUCAAUAUGAUGACCUGGCAGCCUUAUCGUCCGACACUGAGCAUGGCUGGUUCAACGUGUUCCUCGAGGGGACACUGAACAAGAUUUCGAGAAACGCAUUGCUGCAUGUUCAGGAUAUUGGUGCCUACCGCAACCCCAAAGCUAACAACGUGGUUCAGGCAAUUUUCCGCACCCCGGAACAGAACACUAAGACAGGUUCUAAGACCGUGGACCUCGUAUCUCCUGGGCGACUUGACUUCCUCCUUCGUGCCAUCCUGACGGUCCUCGCCGCCUCCCUGCUCCUCUUUCCCGUCCUUAUACUCUUUGAACUCCAGACAGAGGACCCCAGCAAAGCUAAAAGCAGAAGCCGACUUCAGAUUCUGGUUGUGUUUCUCUUCACACUCGCGUUCUCGACUUGCUGUUCGCUUUUCACUAAGGCCAGAAAGCAAGAGGUCUUCACUGCCACCGCGGCUUAUAGCGCAGUAUUGGUGGUUUUCUUGAGCAAUACCUCGUAUGGGGGAACUACGCCUAGCAGUGCACGAUAA